AUGCCGGAGGAGCGUGGUGGGGAUGCUAUGGAAUGUGGGCAGCCGCCUGCGCCCUGGCUGCGACACGUGACGCUCCGGCGCCAUCCCCGCCUGGGCUUCGGCUUCGUGGCCGGCAGCGAGCGCCCGGUGCUGGUUCGCUCCGUGGCCGCAGGCGGUCCCUCUGAGGAUAAACUCCUGCCAGGAGACCAGAUCUUGGCCAUCAACGAUGAGGACGUGAGCGAAGCCCCCAGAGAGAGAUUCAUCGAGCUUGUCAGGAAAGCCGAGGACUUCGUCAUCCUCACGGUCCUGCACACGCACCAGUCUCCCAAAUCUGCUUUCAUCAGUGCAGCCAAGAAGGCGAAGCUCAGGUCCAACCCGGCCAAGGUGCGCUUCUCCGAGCAGGUGACGGUCGGCGAGACGGAGCCAGUAAGUGCUGCCCUGCCUCCAUCCAUCAUUCACCUCCUCCAGGGCUCCCCUCCCUCGUUUGGGCUCUGUGGGAAGGAGUGGGGCCUCGAGCCAUUCCUGCCCCCCUCGCUGCUGCAGCUCAUCAAGGAGAAGAGCCUCCGGAAAGCCCUCUCACAGCAGCUCAAAGCUCACCAGAACCAGCCUGGCAGCACCAAGGUCUCCACAGCCCAGGCCAAGCUGCAGUACCUGAGGAUCCUGAACGAGCUGCCCACCUUCGCUGGGGUCCUCUUCAACACAGUGGGACUGGAUGAGAAGCAGCCAGCCACCACGCUGCUGGUGGGACCCCGGCACGGCAUCAGCCACGUCAUCGACCUGAAGACCAACCUGACCACAGUGCUGUCAGAGUUCAGCAAGGUCAGCAAGAUCCAGCUCUUCAGGGAGAACCAGGGGGUGGCUCGGGUGGAGACAAGCAUCCUGGAUGCCAAGCCGCUGGUGCUGCUGAUGGAGUGGCCUGAAGCCACCAACUUCGCCUGCCUGAUCGCAGGCUACUGCCGCCUGCUGGUGGAUUCCAAGAGGAUGAUCUUCUCCAGGGCCCCCAGCCAGCCACCCCCACCUCAGAUUAUCAAGGCAGAUCACGUCGCGGCACACGCCGCCCCUCGGGCUGCAGCGGCGGGGAGGAAGGCCGGCGAGCCGCUGGGUGGCUGCGGCAGCAGCGCCGGAGCAGCCGGGGCCGCGGGCGCCCGCGCGUCGGACUCGGAGCUCGUCGGCUUUUGCUACCUGCACAUGCGUGAGCAGAGGAAGGAGAGAGACGGCGGGACGGACAUCAACGGAAACCUCGUGUUGCUGGAGGAGACUCGGCCCAGGACCAAAUCCGACCCCACUUCCAAAAGCUCCGGCCAAGGCUACGACGGGGCGGCCGCGGAGGCGCCGGAUGGGCUGGAGAGAGCCGGGCAGGCGAGCAGGGCCCGGGCUCACACCAUAGACACCCACCCGCGGAGCGACGGCCCCCAGCUCUACUGCGAGUCCUGCCAGGCCAAGAUCAAGAGCCGGCUGGCCCCGGGCAAGGGCAGCAAGGCCGGGGGCGCCCGGGACAACAUGGUGGACUUGAUGUCGCUUCCCCCUCCCGGCAGCGACGAGGAAGAAGACGAGACGACGGCGCUGCUCCCCGCCAUCGCCGCCCCUCCGCCCGGCUUCCGCGACAACAGCUCGGACGAGGACGACCCGAAGCGCCGGGCGGCCGCCCAGAGCCAGGAGCAGGGCCGGCACCUCUGCGGCCUCCUCUACGACGAGCUGCCCGUCACGCUGAUUGACGCCGUGCAGCCGCGCACCGUGCGCGACCAUGCCCAGGAGCUGGACGAGGCCCUGGUGUCCACGCUGCAGGCGCUGGAAGCUCUGGCUGCCUCGGAGGACUGUGUGCAUCCCCCAGCCCAGCAGACAGCAGGUCUGAUUGUCCUGGCUGCCAUCACUCCUGAGUCAUCCUUGGAUUCUGGCCAUGAAACCAACUCUUCAGAGCUAACUGAUGUCUCAGAGAUGGUGUCUGCCAUGAAGCAGCAUCAGAACGCAGCCUAUUUCCUCGCUCAACACAUCAACAAAGAAAACCUCCUGGCCAGGAAGGACUUGCCUUUCCGAAUCCAAAGCUGUGCUGCCCAGGCUGUUCUCACCUCACCCUACCCCCUCAGCCGUCAGGAGCAGAGCCCUUCCUUGAAGCCAGCUUUCUCUCACCAAAGCCCCAACCUUACCAAGUGCAAGAGCAAAGAGGAGGAGCAGGAUGCUGAGCAGAGUUGCACCUCGGCUGUCCAGCCAGUGCUGACUCCCCAGCAUAAUGAGCAGAAGAGGAGAGCUCCAGUGCCAGGCUCCGAAUGCAAAGGUGCAGACCACACAAAAGCUGCCUUGGAGGUAUCUCCACAAGCCACAGCAGCCCCGAGCAGGGAGCAGACACAGGAUCUACAAGAUAAGAUGCCCAAAGAGGUCCAGCCGAGCUCCAAGCUCCUCCUGGAUCAAAAGAGUGGUGUAACUCCAGCCAUCAUUUCAGCUGCUCUGCAGCAAGUGGCAAACACAAAAGGCUCGACUCCUCAAGUGGCAGCAGCCUCGAAAGAGGACAAGAACGUGAAUGGUAGCAGCAGCUGUGCAUCAGCCAGCAGCAAGCCCUUGAAACCCAAAGGAGGUCCACAAACUGCAGAGACGUUCUGCAACUGUCAGCAGCAGCAGCAACUAUCUCCACAACAGCACUGUGAAGUUUCUCCAAGCCCUAAAGAAGCCCCUGGCAGUAAGGCUGAAGCUCUCCACCUCGCCUCAGCAGGUGAGGAAGUGAUGGCCAGUAAGGCUUUCGCCUCUAAAAUCUACCAGCAAAAAGUGAGCAGAGAUGCUGCAGGGAAAGCUGCAGGUGGAGAGCCAGGCCAGAAGGCAGGUGGGGAAGCCACGAGCCUCGUCUUUCAAAAACACACAGCUCCUUCAAACCAAGGACAGAAAAUGCAACAGGAAAGUUCAGCCAAAAGCUUGAAAGGUGAGAGCAGCAACCCGCGCUCGCCAUCACCCCGUAGCGCCUUCAGGCCCAGCAGCGAGGACCCCAAAGGGCCGGUCCAGCUGGUGCCCAGGUGUGAGAGCCUGCAGGUCAGCACUGUGCCUUCCAAAAAGGUAGAAAAAGUCCUGGAGGUGACCCAACAAGAUGCCGAGGUGCCAGCUAAACCUAAAGCUCCAAAAGCUCCCUUCAGGUUGAGGAACCUGUUCUCUGCAACGUUUCCCACGCGGCUCAAGAGGGAGACGGAUGAGCGGCAGGCCCAGCUGCAGAAGGUGAAGCAGUACGAGCUGGAAUUCCUUGAAGAGCUGCUCAAGCCAAAGAGCAAAGGUGACCUCCCGCCACAGGAGUACCUGCAGCCUCCUGCCCCCGGGCGCUGCAGCUGCCAGCUGAGGAGCAGUCCCGUGCAGAAGGUGCCGGGGAUGUCCAGGGAGCAGCGGCGCAGCUGCGACUGCAAGAGGCUCUGCAGGGGGGUGAGGCCACCUCCUCAUCAGCUGCUGCUGCCGGAGCUGGAGAGGCGAGGCAGGGAUAAAGCCGCCCACGAGCAGAAUCGGGUGGAAGCCGUUGGCUUGACAAGCGUGAGCAGCCCUUCCAAAGGCAAGAGGAUACGAUCCACAAGUUUAGAGUCCAGAGACUACCGGUCAGAUCCGGAGAACAGCGUGUCCUGUUUGGCCACGUGCGCUUCCCAGGGGGAGUGUGCGGGUGCUCCGCACUACAGGAAGCUCUUGCGUCGCUACAGCGUGAGUGAAAUCGAUCAGACUGACAGGACAUCCCUGUCCUCUGACAUCUACCAGAAUGUCUACACACCGCAGCAGAAAGGCCCCCAGAAAGAGCCUGAGCCCAGCAUCCUUUGUCCCGUUCUGAAGAGCAAAAUGCAGGAAGCCUCUGGGAUGGCUGACCCCUCCUAUGUCCAGAUAACACAGGAGAAGAAGAACCAGAAGGGUUCAGCGGUGUUCUCUGUCCAGGAGGAGAGGUACCCGAGUCCCGCUGAGCUGCGGGAUGAAGAUGUGGAGGAUGAGAAGUGCUGCUCCAUCCGCUACUGCUUCUACUACAGGAAAUGUGACGUGGCAGAUGACGGGAGCGAGAAGGACGAGCUGUCCUAUUCCAUCCCCAUGCAGAUACUCCCAGGAAUGAAGCUGGACAAUCAGAUGGUCCCAGUCAUGAGCAGGACUCUUCAGGUCCUAGAUGCGACGUCCUGCAGCAGCCCCAAUGGCAGUGAGACGCAGGAAAUAGAUUUAAGGACCUCCAGUUUUGAGGGGAGCUUGGCAAAGAUCAACACCCUUCGAGGCCACGCCUACAGCUUUCCCAACGGCUUCCUGCAAGUGCAGCUGGACACCAACGAGCUCCUGACCAUCCUGAGGCAGUGUGUGGUGAGCCCUGACGCCCGGGACUGCCAGCCCUACGUCUCCCAGCUGGCUGAGUACAAGCAAGAGCUCGCCCUCAAGUUCAAGGAGUUCCGGGCUUCAUGCCGCCGCGUGGCAGCCGUCGACAAGAGCCCCAGCCACAUGCUCUCUGCCAUCACGAGCAGCUUCCAGGUGCUGAGCAGCCUCAUCGAGACGUUUGUGAGGCUGGUGUACGUCGUGCGCUCCGAGUCCCAGCGCCACGAGCUGCUGGCGAAGGUGGAGGAAGUGGUGAGAAACUACACGUUCCUCCUGAAGGCUGCGGAGGAGUCCACGGCCAGAACGCUGAGCCACCAGCAGACGGUGGAGCAGCUUGCCCAGCAGUCAGCCACGGUUGCCACCGUCAUGAGCACGCUCACGCGCUCCCUGAAGACGUUGAUCAAUAAGUAA